GGCACAUAGCGGCGGCAGGUAAAACGUCCCCAGCAUCCGAGGUCCAGCGAGGCGGGGACACGUCCCCGCAGCGUCAGCUGCACGCUCCGGGUGGGCAGGCGUCGUCCGUGGCCGGCGUUGUAGUGGCACCUCACUGCAGCUGCAACGCAGGGGUGCGCCAACACCGGGUCCAAUGGGAGGUGGGUAGGGUAUCCAAGCAGGACACCCUUCACCGCCGCCUCCUUUUUCUCCAGGGUGAUGCCGCGGGUCCGUCCUGCAGCAAUCUCGUCCAGGGUGGUGGCGUGGUCCCAGUCCCACGCACGGAUGAGGAAGUCCCCCGCGCGGGAGACUGUCACCCGGAGUCGCAGCUUCCGCUCGUCCUCCAUCCACCGGAUGGCCUGGUAGUGGGUGCUGAAGUCCGAAGACACCAGCCUCCACUCCGGCAGGGGUCCGCUCGAUCGGUCCUCCCCGCCGUCCUCGUGAAGCGUCCUCCUUCGGGCCCGCUUGCUCUGCACGCGGGUCCAUCCGUCCCCGUCGUCAGGAGCGGACUCCGUGGGCCGCUUCCUUCUAGCCGCCAUAGCAGAGGCGGGAGCUGAAAGCUCAACCGGGCCGUCUGCAGGGGCAAGUCAGGGAGAGCAGCAGUGAGGAGAGAGGGUCUGCACUCACUGCUGUCUGCGCCGGAACUGGUUGGGCUGCCACAGCGUUCGCUCUAUAUAUGCAGAGCCAGAGGCGGCGGUGGUGGGUCUUUGGGCGAUAGGCUGGCUCCUGCCGUCUACUUCCGGACGGCCCAGUGACGUUGGGUGAGCCUCCACACGGUACUAGGCUCUAGCAUAUGCAGACAGCUCCAAGAGACCCCUAAAUUCCUCCAAUAGGGCUAGAUAGAUGCACUGCCUGACGGGGGCGGGCAAGCGCGGGACUAGGAGGCGGCGCACGCGCAGGACGCGGCGGACCGGACCACCGCUCCUCCCCCGGCCGCCAAAAACUAUAAAAACCAGAAACGGCUGGCAGACUCAACUGUUCUGUUCGUCCGUAGCCAUGGCCCGUACCAAGCAGACUGCCAGGAAAUCCACCGGUGGCAAGGCGCCCCGCAAGCAGCUGGCCACCAAGGCCGCUCGCAAGUCGGCCCCGGCCACCGGAGGAGUCAAGAAGCCUCACCGCUACAGGCCCGGGACCGUGGCCCUCCGUGAGAUCCGCCGCUACCAGAAGAGCACCGAGCUCCUCAUCAGGAAGCUGCCCUUCCAGCGUCUGGUGCGCGAGAUCGCCCAGGAUUUCAAGACCGAUCUCCGCUUCCAGUCCUCUGCCGUCAUGGCUCUGCAGGAAGCCUCCGAGGCCUACCUCGUCGGUCUCUUCGAGGACACCAACCUCUGCGCCAUCCACGCCAAGCGUGUCACCAUCAUGCCAAAGGACAUCCAGCUGGCCCGUCGCAUUCGCGGCGAGCGUGCCUAAGCGUCUGAGUACUACAAUCUGCUCACACUAUAUCUAGGCCCUUUUCAGGGCCAAA